CUGUCAGUUCGUCUCUCUUUCAUGUUCGAUUGAAAUCGGAAAAUUUUGCAGAGUGCAUGCGAUCGACCCAUCUAUUCCGGCGAAUUGAGGUGCAGACUUCAAAAUUCUAGGCCAUGGCCAGCUUCGGAACGUGGACAAGCUGCCGCGGAUUGUUGCGGUUGCUAAUUUUGGGUGCUAUAGCUCAUUUGACUAGAGCAUUGUAUGAAGAUCAAAUAGGAACAUUUGACUGGCGGCAACAUUACAUUGGACGCGCUAAACAUGGAAGUUUUGAUUCAAGCUCACUGGAUAGAAUCAUCAUAGCGACGGAAAGUAAUGUUUUGGCUGCAAUAAGUGCCAAGACUGGUGACAUUCUUUGGCGUCAAGUUCUAGAGAAAAGUCCUCGGGGCGAUAUUAAAAUGCUCCAUGUUCCUAGCCUUACUAACGGAAUACAGUUCGGAGGAAGCCGAAGUAAUCGUGCGUUCGAUAUCAUAACCGUUACUGGUGUCAGCCCAGCAUUGAUUCGCGGUUGGAACCCUAACACUGGUACGUUAGAAUGGGAGUGGUCACUUGUUCCGACGUCUUUAGAGAAGGCGGAACACUCCUUUUGGUUUUUGGAAGAUAGUCUUCUGUAUAAUGUUGUCCCAGUCUGGGGUUCACAUCUUGAAGUUACCGAAUACCAAGCUUCCUCUGGACAGCAGCCUAAACAAACUACUUCGCGUAUUUCGGCAGCGUGGAUAAAACCAGAAAGGUGUAUUAUGUCUUCAUCGUUUUUCGUUUGUACUAUCGAUCGUCAGUUAUUAGCACUAGAUCUUACUGCUGAAAACCCUCAGGUCACUAUGAGAGAUUUGGAUAUUCCCGCUUCCAACUCACCAAUGCCUGUUGUCGGAGAUGCAUCUAUAAUUCAGGAUUCGAAGCUUUACUCUCUAACAUCUGAUCGAAAGCUAGACCUUGCGUCAGAUGAUUCUGUAUUGGUUGAUGAUACCAUUAUCGAAGGAGAACAGGUUUUAUUGCGGGCUUCUUUGCAGCGCGAAAGCAACAUUCUUAAAUUAUCAGCUAAUCGGUUAAAGGAUAAUAGUUCUUUUGAACCUAUCGAAUUCAACUCAGACUAUCCAGAUACGUUGGGUUCUCCGAAAGUUUUAUCAGUUCGCUGUAAAACGUCUAACAGUGGACGAACCCAGGGACAGCUGGCAUGUCGGCUAUUGAUUUCCAGCACUGACGGCGCCAUAAGCCUAAUACAGCAAGGUAAAAUAAAGUGGACCCGCGAGGAAGCGUUGGCCGAAAUAGAAACUGCUGACUUCUUGGAUUUGACAUUGUCGGAUGCGGAAGGUGCUAUAGAAGAGGAACUAAACAAUAAAAAUGCAGAUGACAGCAGCUUGGAAUGGGACGUGGUCGGUGCCUUCCAGCGACGUAUUACCAACCAAAUAGCUCAUUUAAAAAAUCUUAUUCUGCAUGUACUUGGACUUGGGCCAGCUCCUUCCAAAGCACAGAGAGCUGGCUUAGUCCGAGACGAUUUUGGACUUCACAAAAUGCUGGUUGCAGUAACUAGUAGUGGAAAGGUAUUUGGAAUUGACAACGUCAGUGGAAAACAUCACUGGAUACGUUACAUUCCACAAUUGGUCGGAUUCAAUAAUGGUCAAGGAAUGAAACUCCUCGUGCAACGUACCUCGAGAUUCUACCCUCUUUCUGCACAGUGCAUCAUUCUAGGACGACACCGAGAUACCAAGAAUGGGUUGAUGUACCAAUUCAAUCCGAUAACUGGUCAGCCAAUUAAUGGAGGGCUUAUUGAGUUGCCCUAUAAAGUUCGCCAAAUUUCAUUAUUGCACGAAACAGGACCGGAUUUUAUAAGAGGGUUACUUGUAUUGGAUCAACAAAGUGAAGCGCAUGUGUAUCCAGAAAGCGCUGCCAAAUUUGCCAACAAUUUCUACUUGUUUAGUGCCGAUCGUGAGAAAGCCAUUAUCGAUGGAUUUGUUGUGGAAUACAGCAACGGGCGCUUAUCUACAACUCCCACCUGGUCUGUUAACCUUAGCGGUGCCGAAAGAGGCCAACAAAUAGUGGCCAUUGAAAGCAAAAAUCCCAUUGAACAUGUGCACUCCCAAGGACGUGUAUUAUCUGACCGGUCCGUGCUGUACAAAUACAUCAAUCCUAAUUUAAUAGCAGUGGCUACGCAUGGUCCGGACAAUAUUCACAAAUAUAUUCUUAAUGUGCAUCUAGUGGACGUGGUUUCGGGAUCGAUCGUGUUCUCAAUGUCUCAUAAACGAAUACGGCCUCCGCUGCAUAUGAUUCAUUCAGAAAACUGGCUCGUGUAUUCAUAUUACAACGAUAAGGUUCGCCGUACCGAGAUCACUUCCGUGGAAUUGUAUGAAGGCAAAACUCAAACAAAUGGUACGGCAUGGAGUUCACUGGACGCACCGCCCUUACCUCUCGUAGAACGCCAAUCAUAUAUCAUGCCAGUAGCUGUAGCUUCGAUGAAAGAAACUAUCACUGAAAAGGGCAUAACCAAUAAACAUGUCUUGAUUGGUUUGACUACGGGAACCGUUGCGGAAAUGUCGUGGGCCUUUUUGGAUCCACGUCGACCAGUCACAUCGCCAGAAAAAGCGCGUGAAGAAGGUAUUAUACCGUAUAUGCCGGAGUUACCGAUGCCACAUGAAAUUCUUUUCAAUUACAAUCAAACGGUAGCCAACAUUAAAGGUAUACAUACGGCUCCCUCUGGAUUAGAGAGUACAUGCCUAGUUCUAGUGCAUGGCUUGGACAUUUUUGUUACGCGAGUAGCACCAUCCAAGACCUUCGAUUUACUGAAAGAGGAUUUCGACUAUUUCCUGAUAACAGUUGUGCUAACUUUGUUAACUAGUACAUCUUACAUUGUGAAACAUUUCGCCUCUAAAAAAGCCAUCAAACAAGCAUGGAAGUAGCUUAUUACCAAGGUAGACUGGUCAUAGUCUUAAUUUAUGUAUUUCAUUGAUGUUCAGGUGAGAGACGUUAGCAAAUAUUGAAAACUCAAUAUGUAAAAGGUAUUUUCGGAUGGCCAGUUUUUUUUUUAUUUGAACGUAGCAUAUUCUGGAAAACUAUGUUUUACAUUUUACAUAUUUCUAAAAUUUGAGAGGAUUGAUUUGUUCCAUAUUCAAUAUAAAGCUAGAUAAAUUAUCCAUCUGUCAGUUAAUUUAAACAUAUAAAUAUGAUCAAAAAUUUCAUCGGGUGAAAUAUGUUUGAUAUG